CCAUGUUAGCACUCUGCGAGAGCCCAGUCCCAGUCCCUCCGAUAAGGCAGAAAUAUGGCGGCAAGAGGAAGAGCGGCGGUGGCGACGCUGCCAACCCUCAUGCGAGCCCUCAGGAAAGGGGCCGCAAAGCCCGCGAACCACCACCACCAGCCGCUACCAUCGCUGAGGCGCGCCUUCUCUCUCUACGAUCAGAUCAAUCUCAUCGAUAAUGUCCCCGAAGACCAAUUACGCUUCCAAGGGUAUACUGACGAGGGGUUCACGGUGAAUGGGGUUACCUAUGAAGGCAGUGUGCUCUGCGUGGGCAACUUGAUAACUUCUUGGAGUCCCAAGAAAUUUUCAGAGAUCAGCGCAGAUAGCUUAUCUAUGUUCCAAAUUGUGCGGCCCAUACCAGAAAUUUUGAUUCUUGGCUGUGGGAGGAAUAUCCAACAUGUAGAUCCUGAACUCCGGCGCUUCAUUCGGUCUACUGGCAUGAAGCUUGAACCUCUUGACUCGAGAAAUGCAUCAUCAACGUACAACAUACUGAACGAGGAAGGUAGGGUUGUGGCUGCUGCACUUCUCCCAUAUGGAGUUACUUCUUGAAGCCUGGGCCUUACCCUUAUGUAAAUGCUUGCUGGCGGUGAAGAUUUUCUAGAGACUUCAUCUGAUCGAUCACUCUGAGGCUUUCCACCUCUCGUUAUACAUGACAAACUGGAAAGACAUUUUGUUUUCCUGUUUGGUGAAUAGUUACCAACUUGUAUCCUCCUGGUAUCUGGUUUUCUACUCUUGUUAGUUAAUUGUUAUAUGCCUUGUCUA